AUGCCAUCUCUAUUGGAGAAAAUUAUCAAGAAGGAAAUAUAUUCAAUUGAAACAACCAUUACUCGUUCACUCAGUCAAAAUAUAGACAAAUCAAUUAAUCAAAUAGAAAAGUUAGUUAGUUCAAAACUUGAAGCUACAGUGGCUAGACAGAUACAAGUACAAUUUCAAACUAUUGGAAAGCAGGCUCUUCAGGAAGCACUUAGGACUAGUGUUGAAGCUACAUUAGUUCCUGCUUUUGAGAAGUCUUACAAAGCUAUGUUUGAGAAAAUUGACGGCACAUUUCAGAAUGGAAUUUUGAACCAUACAACUGCUAUUCAACAACAGUAUGGUUCUACUCAUUCUCGAUUAGCCAUCACUUUAAGGGAAACAAUUAAAUCAACACCAUUCAUAAUUCAAAAAAAUUCCAUUCAUGUUUCUCUUGCAAAACUAAAAGUUACAAAGAAAAUUACACAAAUUUUUUUUUAUCCUAAACCUAUGUUCCUUCAUUGGUCUUAA